AUGUCAAACCAAAUCCGCACAAUCAACCCCGCGACCCACGAGGUCAUAUUUGAGCAACCUGGCACUUCCCUGGAAGAUGCCAUCAAAGUUGCCGCGGCCUCAAAGAAGGCCUUCGAGUCGUACCGGACUACCCCACUAGAGGAAAGAAAGAACAUUGUGAAGCGAGUCCUAGACAUUGUUGAGAACAAUCGCGAUGAACUGGCCAAUGAGCUCACACUCCAAAUGGGUCGUCCUAUCCGCUACUGUGCCAGCGAAAUCAACACAAUGCGUCUUCGCGCAGAGUACUUGAUGGAUAUCGCCGAAGAAAGUCUGUCGGAUCUACCUGGUCGGGCUGAGGCUGGGUUCAGACGAUCCGUGAAGCGAGUUCCCCUUGGACCGGUUCUUAUCGCUGGUGCUUGGAACUAUCCGUAUUUGACUACUGUCAACGCGCUCGUUCCCGCUCUUCUGGCUGGUAACAGCGUGAUUCUGCGCCCUUCGCCGCAGACCCCACUAUUCGGGAACAAACUGCUCGAGUUCUUCACCGAGGCAGGACUCCCCUCUGACGUUCUUCAGAUUGUUCAAAUUGGAAACUUGGAUGUCCUCGAUCAAGUCGCAAAGAUUCCUGAAAUCCAAUCUGUCUCCUUCACAGGGUCAACUGCCGGUGGUAUCCGACUGAGAGAGGCCACUGCUCGCCACAUCAAGCCGGUCAAUCUCGAACUCGGUGGUAAUGACCCUGCCUAUGUUCGACCAGAUGUCGAUGUGAAGCAUGUCGCCGAGCAGCUGGUCGAUGGCGCUAUCUUCAACUCCGGACAGAGCUGCUGUUCUAUCGAGCGGGUUUAUGUGCAUGAGAAGGUCUAUGAUGAGUUCUUGAGUGCUGUUCAAGAGGAGCUUAAAUCCUAUAAACUGGGAGAUCCGAAGGAUCAAACCACAACUACUGGCCCUGUCAUCUCAGCACAAGCCGUUGAGAAAAUCAACUCCCAUGUGAAGGAUGCUCUUGCCAAGGGUGCUAUCAACUCUACUCCCGAGAACUCCAGUUUCCAGGUGGAGAGCAACCCCCACACGCAGAAGGGCAAUUUUGUGGCUCCCAUCGUCUUGACCAAUGUCAACCACACCAUGGCUACCAUGAGGGAAGAGACAUUUGGGCCUGUGAUGCCCAUAAUGAAAGUCUCCAGUGAUGAUGAAGCCGUUGCAUUGAUGAAUGACAGUGACUUUGGAUUGACUGCUAGUGUUUGGACGAAGGAUAUCGCUCGCGGAGAGGAGUUGAUCGAUCGCAUUGAGGCCGGCACGGUGUUUAUCAACCGCUGCGAUUAUCCAAGCCCAGAUCUUGCAUGGACUGGCUGGAAGACUUCUGGGUUAGGCUGCACUCUUGGCCCACGAGGCUACGAUGGAUUUACUAAGUUGAAGAGCUAUCACAUCAAAGAUGGUUCAUCCUAA